AUGCAUAAUUGUGCCACGGAAUGCAUUCAGCUAAAUGAUGCACAGCUUUUCCUCCCUCCUCCCACCUCUCCCCAAGAAGCCUACACCUACCUUCUCGUCCCUUUAUUCUCCCACCCUCAUGCAUUACUUCGGAACGCAACGCGACACGCUCGCCUUCAAUCAACGCGUAUUGUCCCUGGCAUUGCUAUAAACAGUUGCAGCAUGGGUCUUGAAGCGUUGCAUGUGUCAUCAGGUUACGGUAUGGUUCUAAUCAAAAUAUUUCAUGAUAGUGAUAAGAGGAGUAAUAACUAA